UCCAUUCGACGGCACCUCAAAAGCAACCAGACCGCCUCACGUGUGUGCAGCCACGGACAAGGCGAGUGGGUCUUUGUGAGAUGAGUGUAUGUGUGUGCGGGUUCACUGGCUGUCGAUCGAAAAGAGACACGCAGGCGUGGAUAGUGAAGUCCGUCCAUCGCUCGCAACUCAGUCUGUCGUCUUUGUACAUGGCUAUGUCUAAAGCUGCCGUGGCGUCACCCUUGCACCUCUCUCAGUCAGCCCGACUUCACCUGAGGAGCACACACACAGCCAUCCAUCCAUCCAUCCGUCCGUCUAUCAUCCUGGUUGGGUUCUGUCUGAUGCUCGCCCACACCAUUCACGCCAGCCACCAACACACCCACCUGGUAGAUAGCGAUCUCCUUUGCGGUGAAGUGCCAGGCCGCCGCCAGUGUGCCCUGGUUCUCGUGGUUGAAUUGGCCCAGGUAGCCGUUGUCGGGCAGGUCCGCCUCCUCCACAAAAUGGCAGCAGCGCCGAAUGUCAUGUGACGGACGGGGAGUGCCGAAACAGAGCCACAAAUACCCACGGCCCAAAGUCAGCUGCACACAUGAGAUGGCAGCCAGUCAAUUAGUCAGUCUCAUUGCAAUGACACCAAUUGUGUAUACCCGCCACCCACCUUGCCGCGGUAGUCCAUAUUGGUGGCCUUGAGGGAGCCGUCACGGCCGGCGACCUCCACCCACUGCCGGUGCUUGGGGAGGGGCACCUUGGUGGGCUGGCCAUAUGCACCGCUGAUGGAAAUGAAGAAGGUCGGCGCGGGAUAGUAGUUGGCCCGGGUGGGGUCGGCGGGCGACUUGAGUUGGUCCCCGACGAAUGCUCCAAAUCGGUGUGUGUCGUUGUGGUUGACGAGGAAGAGCAGACCGCUCGCGUCGCCCACCUUGUCGAGCAGCGUGCCGAAGUCACCACCGUCACGCGUCGAACUGACAGGAAGGGAAAAGCAAGACGUCAUAUCCUGGAGAGUCGCAACAGAUCAGCUGCUCUGCUCACCUGUAGAGGAGUGUGGGUGUUGGGUUGGGUAUGUCUAUCAUGGCCAGCACCUCCCGCGUCUCGUCAGUGUUGAGCAUGGGUGAGAGAGGCCGCUGAAGAUCCUCCAUCUUGAGGCCAUACAUCUCUACAUCUUUCUGUGCACACACACACACGCAGACAGACACACAGUGCACAUGGCGGUUUGCACCCGUGCUCAAGGGACCUUCAACUGAGCGAGGUGCUUGGGCUUGGCCGUGGGCUUCUUGACCACACGACCCGACCGGGUCUCGAAUCGCUGUCUACGGGCAAAAUCCACCACCUUCACCACAGACAAAGGACAUCGGAAAAGUGAUACAGACGUGUCCUUUUCCCCUCUCUCUCUCUCUCUCUCUCUCGCGCGCGCGCGCGCGUGUGACUGUGUGUCACCUUCAUGAAGUGCUCAACGGACGUCUGCCGAAUGGGUGCAUCCCCCUGCACCACCUCGCCACUGCACAUCUCGCGCCCAAAUGAAAAGGCAACACAAUGCGUCCAUCCAGCCGCAAUGUGUGUGCGGUGGAGUGCCUUAAGCUGACCUGAAUCGUCUGUAGAGGAGGCUGUUGGGUCCCAGCCGCGCUAGCGUCGCCUCGGUGGUCGACACCGUCUGCUGGGAGAUGGUGACGCUCCUGACGGUGUGGUUGCUGCCGUCGUCUGCCCGGAGGAAUGGCCCCAUCGCCGCACCGAAUCCCUCCAAAUCCACCACCGCUUUCUCCAACGCCGUCGCCGCAUCGGUGUAGCUCUUCACGUACUCACGCAGCCGACUGCCGCCAUCCCCUGCCCCCUGCCCAAUGGCAUCUCCCUCCUCCUUAUUGCCCUCCGCCACCCCUCCGUUGUCCAUGUCGACGUCCGCCGGUCGCACGUUGAUGUCGAGCGAUGUCUUGGUGAGGAACAGCUCGUGGUAGCAUGCGAAGGUGGGGUCGUUCUUCUGUGUGUCGUCCAACUCGAUCUCAUACUCCUCGCCCUGGGCGUCAGCACCCUCAACGAGAUAAAUCUCGUCUACCAACCUGAAGAGCACAAAGGAGAGCAAAGGGUACACAAUGAGCGCAAUCUAAACGGACGUGCAUUCCUUCCCGCCUACCACUUGACGUAGCCGGGGUCAGCGUCCAGGAAUGGCCGGCCCUCCUCAUCGCGGGGCAGCGCGUCCACACAGUACAGCAGCAGAUGGGCCAAGUAGGUGUGCCGGAUCUGAUCCAGCAUCAGCCCCUUGCGCGACACACCCACCACCCGCCCGCCCACAUUCAGAGCCACCUCCCCCUCGAUGCUGCCCGUCAGCUCCAGCUUGCCUCCUGUGGCCUCGAUGAGCUCUUUGAUGGCCUCGGCUUUGCUCUGCAGCUGCUGGCGGGCACUCCUGGCCGCAUUCUCGAUGGCGAGGAGGACGGCGAUGGUUUUGUGCAGCACCCUAUCGAGCGACUGGCGACCGAUAUGGGGGGAGGGGGGCUGCUGGUCAUCGUCAUCUUGCUGCCCGGCAGCCGCCGCGGCAGCGUCGCCCUCUGCCUUGCGCUUCUUGGCGAGCAUUUGCGAUUAUUCAAUGCUGCAUCCUGAAGCUACACGCAUCGAGGAAAGGACUCCGCGAUGAGUCCU